AUGUGUGACGUCCUCUCAUCUCACCUGGAAGACGGGGGCGGCGACGGCCCCGCCCGGAGGAGGGGCGCGUCGGGCGCGGGAUCCGGGCCCUCGUGGGAGCCGCACGACAUCAAGCGGGGCUCGGGGCAUGCUCGCUCUCCCGGUGUCGCCCGCCCGCCCGCCCCGGGGCGCCCACUCGCCGCGGCCCCUCCCGUCCUCGCCGGCAGCGAGCUCGGAAGCCGAGCCCCGGGGGCGUUCCUCACAUCGGCGGCCCGGCCCCCACGGCCGCCCCGGCCCCCCCGGCCGCCCCGGGCCUCCCCCGGGCUUCCCGGCCUCCGGCGCAGCGGCCCCCCCGGCCCCCCCGGCCGCCCCGGGCCUCCCCCGGGCUUCCCGGCCUCCGGCGCAGCGGGGCCCCCGGCCGCCCCGGCCCGUUUCCCCCCGGCCGGCAGCGCGGCGGGGCCCCGGUCCCACGCUGGACCGCGUCCGGCCGGAAGCUCGCCCGCGAGGCCCGCGUUCCGGGCCGAGCCGGGAGACCCGAGCGCCCCGCCCGCCGACGCCCCCGGCCCGGGACGCCCCGCCCGGCGCCCUCACCGGCCUCCGCUGGGCGCCACAGCUUUCGAACGCCGUCCCGCGAGGCUUCGCGCCUCUCGCGAGAAGACCCGCCCCGCCCUCGAGUCGAGGAGCUCGGAGGGACUUCCGGCGGCGUGUCCCACCCACUUCCGGCGCGAGCCGGUGGCGGGUUCGGAUCCGUCCCCGCCGGGUGUUAGUGCUGCCGGGUCGGUUUCCGGGGUGGGCGGGGCGCGGAGGGCCUUCCGGCGGCUGCUCUGGGCAGUCGGGGGGCGCUGCCAACGACGGGGCCCCCCCAGCGCCCCGGGCCCCCUGCGGCGGUGUGACGGUGCCCCCCCCCUGCGCCCCGGGCCCCUGCGGCGGUGUGACGGUGCCCCCCCUGCGCCCCGGGCCCCCUGCGGCGGUGUGACGGUGCCCCCCCUGCGCCCCGGGCCCCCUGCGGCGCGCCCCGGGCCCCUGCGGCGGUGUGACGGUGCCCCCCCAGCGCCCCGGGCCCCCUGCGGCGGUGUGACGGUGCCCCCCCAGCGCCCCGGGCCCCUGCGGCGGUGUGACGGCCCCCCCCAGCGCCCCGGGCCCCUGCGGCGCGCCCCGGCCCCCUGCGGCGGUGUGACGGUGCCCCCCCAGCGCCCCGAGCCCCUGCGGCGGUGUGACGGUGCCCCCCCAGCGCCCCGAGCCCCCUGCGGCGGUGUGACGGUGCCCCCCCAGCGCCCCAGGCCCCCUGCGGCGGUGUGGACGGUGCCCCCCCAGCGCCCCGGGCCCCUGCGGCGGUGUGACGGUGCCCCCCCAGCGCCCCGGGCCCCCUGCGGCGGUGUGACGGUGCCCCCCCAGCGCCCCGGGCCCCCUGCGGCGGUGUGGGGCGCCCACCAGCUUCCCGGGGUGGAGGGACCCCUGCGCCCCGGGCCCCUGCGGCGGUGUGACGGUGCCCCCCCAGCGCCCCGUGCCCCCCCCAGCGCCCCGGGCCCCCUGCGGCGGUGUGGGGCGCCCCCCAGCUUCCCGGGGUGGAGGGACCCCAGCGCCCCGGGCCCCCUGCGGCGGUGUGGGGCGCCCCCCAGCUUCCCGGGGCGGAGGGACCCCAGCACCCCGGGCCCCCUGCUUGGGGGCGCCCGGGGUCAGUUGUGGUUCUGGUGA